ACUCUCCGCAGUGGCACAGUUUUCACUCCUCUACACGUUAAUCAGUUGUUUGCUUAAUGUCAUACAGUGCGUCGUGUUGUUUUCAAAUUCGUUGCAACUAAUUUCAACGUCAAUAACAGCAGUUCUCGUCUUAAACCCAAAGGUUCAAACUAAAUUGAGAUGAUGUACGAUAUAUUUAAUUGUGAUUAUUUUUGGUAGCCUGCUUUAAGAUAAUUGUUUACCAAAGUUGCCCGCUGAAGAAAGAAUAUUGAAUAUUAUUAACACUAAGAUAAUCUUGGCAUACGUCCCAUACCAAAAGCACCGCGCUUGACACCCAGCAAAACGAUGUCGGAACAGCAACAGUACGAGCCACCGGCGUUCGACUCGAACUGCAUGACGCUCACGCGUUACGUGCUGGCCGAACAGAAAAAAGUGCCGUCGGCCACCGGAGACCUGACCCAACUGUUGACCAGCAUUCAGACGGCCGUCAAAGCGGUCAGCUCGGCCGUGCGGAGGGCCGGACUGACGCACUUGUACGGCAUGGACGGAUCCACGAACGUGCAGGGCGAAGACGUCAAGAAGCUGGACGUGCUGAGCAACGAACUGUUCAUCAACAUGUUGGCGUCGUCCUUUACGGUCCACAUGAUGGUUAGUGAAGAAAAUGAGACUGUGAUAGAGAUUGAGACUGAAAAACGAGGUAAAUACAUUGUGUGUUUCGAUCCUCUGGAUGGUUCAUCCAACAUCGAUUGCCUCGUGUCCAUCGGUUCAAUAUUUGGAAUAUUCAAAAAAACUAACGAGAGCAACGAGACAAAUGUAACAAAUGCCUUUCAAACGGGUAGGAAUUUGGUGGCCGCCGGAUAUGCGCUUUAUGGUAGCGCAACAAUGAUGGUUUUGUCACUCGGCAAAGGGAGCGGAGUUAACGGGUUCAUGUUAGAUCCAUCGAUUGGUGAGUUCUUGUUGACCGAAAGUAAUAUCAAGAUACCCAGCAAAGGAAAUAUUUACAGUAUCAACGAAGGGUACUCACACUUGUGGGACAAAUCCGUGACAAAGUAUGUGAGGAGGAAAAAAGAUCCUGAGUGUGGUAAACCGUACGGUGCCAGGUAUGUUGGCUCAAUGGUCGCGGAUGUACAUCGUACUUUGAAAUACGGAGGUAUAUUCAUGUACCCAGCCACAAAAGUAUCACCAAACGGCAAGUUACGGCUACUAUACGAAGCAAACCCAAUGGCUUAUAUAGUCGAAGAGGCAGGCGGAUUAGCAAGCAAUGGUAAGAUACCCAUAUUGGACAUACAACCCACAGCGCUACAUCAAAGAACUCCAGUAAUUUUGGGCUCCAAAGAGGAUGUCAACGAAUUGUUAGAAAUAUAUCAAUUGUAAUGCAUACAUUUUUCAUAAGAAAUUUAUUAAAUAAAAAAGAUUGAACAUUUAUUGUUGUA